GUACAAACGGCCUCUUAAUUUACUUCUGCUUUUGAUUAUACGCCGCCUAUAGUCUCGCCGGUGGACAGCAGCAGCAAGGGAUAUAUAUUUAUCGGAGGCAAUGGUAGGAGCAAAUAAUGUGCUGAAAGGGACAAGCACCUUCCUUCUCUUCUCCGCCUCCGCUUCUUCCUCUCGCCCGCUUCUCCCUCCUAUUCUCAACGCUUUGCCGAAUAGCAUUAGCAUCGCGAAUCGCCCGCGCUUCCAUCCCCUUAACCGAUCCAUUUUUCUCCGUUACAAUGAGAAAUUGGCUGCUGCGUUCUCGCCGUAUGGAAGAAGAGGCAGAAGAUUAGUCUUAUCCCGGAACUUUUAUAGCGGCAGCUCCAUUUCCGCCUCUUCUUGCUCUAAAGAGGAUGAUAUUGAGAACCCCGCCGCUAGUGUUUCCAGAUCGGUAGACUCGUCGUCUCUUAAUCAUCAGCCGACACUGGAGAUCAAAGACGCUGCCAAUACACUGGACAUUAGGGUUGGCAAAAUCCUCAGGGUCUGGAAACACGACGAAGCUGACUCCCUUUAUGUAGAAGAGGUCGAUAUCGGUGAGCCCCAACCUAGAAUCAUUUGCAGUGGUCUUGUUAACUAUAUCCCCCUCCAACACCUUCAGGACAGGUAUGUAAUUGUCCUUGCUAAUUUGAAGCCUAGAAAUAUGCGGGGUGUUAAGUCUUGCGGGAUGCUGAUGGCAGCUUCUAAUGAGUCGCAUCAAAAUGUUGAGCUUCUCAUGCCACCUGAAGGCUCUGUUCCUGGUGAAAGGGUAUGGUUUGGUUGUGAUGAUGAAAAAGACACCUUACCUGAGGCAGCAACACCCAAUCAGGUUCAAAAGAAAAAGAUUUGGGAAUGGGUGCAGCCACAGCUGAGAACCAGUGACUCUUAUGUUGUUAUGCUCGGGCCGCAUUGUAUGCGGACACCCCUGGGUGUUGUGUUCUGCAGCUCUCUAGCCAAUGCAAACGUAUCUUGAUCAAAAUAUAAGCUUUUUGACUCUUGAGUGUUGAGUUGUUGACAUAGCUUUUACUUGAACAGCAUGGUUUUGGCAUUUAUUUGAACUAGCAGUUAGUAUGCAAUUAAUUAUUUGGAAAUAUAUAAAAAUGUUGUGAUAAAUAUAGUUCAAUGUAUAUAACUAUAUAUUGUGUCUAACGAAAGUA